AUGCGGCUGUGCCGAAGCGUCGGUCAAAAAGAUGAGGUGGCACGGAUCGCAACCAUCAAUUUUACCGCGCAGCCUAACGGAGCGCAGCGAAUCGCCUUUUGCCGGCUUCGGGCAGACCUUGAGUUUGCGCACUGUCAUCAGCGGGACGUCAUGCGCUCGACACAUUGCUGCGACAGCGUUUCAUUUCAUUUGACCAUCGAGCGCGACAUCUUGGACGGGGGGUGGAAGCGCAAGAAGUCGGAAGUGAUUCGCGCUUCAUAUUCCGGCUCGUUCAAGCAUCGGGUUGCAGCAGAAGCAGCGGGAACAGCAAACAUGGCGUCUACAGCCGGCGGGCUGGCUAGGCAGCAACUUCGACAGUAUGUCGGCAGAGGCGGCAUUGUUGCGACACCUUCCUGCUCCUACUCGACGGUGGCAGCAUCACGCACCAUGGCCGCACCACUGCCGAAUCGAAAGCCUGUCAAAGCAGGCUCAAUCUCUGGUUUGAACAGGCAGAGAAGGUUCGGCACUUGCACACCCAAACUUAGCUCAUGGCCAGCCGGAGCUGUCGAAGCCGUGAAUGCCGACGACUCGCCCGCUGCUGCUUCUGCUGCUGCAAAGGGCAAAGGCAGGGCUCUGACCGCCAUCCCGUCUCCGCCUCGCAGCAAGACCAUCGCAGACCUCCAAGCGCUCAAGCAUCAUCCGGACGGCAGCGUCCCCAUCGUCUGUCUCACCGCCUACGAUUUUCCCACGGCUCUCUCGAUCCGAUCCGCUGACAUCGACCUGUGCUUGAUCGGCGACUCGCUCGCCAAUGUCGCUCUCGGCCACACCUCGACCCAACCGCUGUCGCUAGAAGCGAUGAUCCAUCACUGUCAAGCGGUCAAGCGUGGACUUGACGCACCCCUCUUCUCCACUGCGGCUCUGCUGGACGGUGUAGACCUGCCUCGGCCUCCGCUCGUGAUCGCAGAUAUGCCAUUCGGUGCGACUUUCGGCUCUCUCGAUUUUGGCGUCGCUGCAGUGGUGAGAUUGAUCCAGGAAUCAGGCGUAGACGGAGUCAAGAUCGAAGGGUCUUACGAGACCAUCCCUCUCAUCCAACGUCUCACCGACCACGGGAUCCCCGUCAUGGGCCACCUCGGUCUACAACCACAACGAGUCGGCUCCACCUCUGGCUAUCGUCUACAAGGCAGGACGGCGCAACAAGCCAAGGAGAUGCUCGACGCGGCUCUUGCGCUCGAACAGGCAGGAUGCUUUUCGCUCGUCCUCGAGUGCAUUCCAACGCGUGUCGGCGAGCAUAUCAGCAAGAAGCUCAGCAUCCCCACGAUCGGCAUUGGAGCAGGGAGCAAGACCGACGGACAGAUUUUGGUGAUGAACGACAUGAUCGGCGACUUGACCGGUGCAGGCCACGUGUUGGCGCAGCUCGCCGAGGUCGAUUCAGGAAAUGGAGGUGGCGCAGAGACCGCGGCGCUGCCGAAGAUGAGCGAGUUGACGCCACCAGCGCCGAAAUUCGUGAGGAAUUUCAGUCUACCCUUGGGAACUUCGAUUGGUGCGAUGAGAGUGGCUGCUGUACAGGCAUACACUGCGGCGGUGAGGGAGCGGAGGUUUCCUGAUGACGAUGUGGAAGGAUACAAGAUCAAGAGUGACGAAUGGAAGGCGUUUUUGCAGCUUGUCAAGGAAUAG